UCACAUUGAAUGAGCUUCGAAGUGGAUCGGUACGCGUGGGCACACAUAGCCCUAUGUGCGGACACCACAUGGGCUUCUGAACCACCGGACGAGUUCACAAUAGCCAACCAGCGCCUCUUGGCACAACAUUGCCGUAUAUCCCAAGUUUUGCAGGAAACUGCUGUGGAAUCACAGUCACAAAGUGUACAAACAAAAAAUCAAUUUGAAACCACGGAAAAACGAAGUAUAUCCAGUCAAAGUCCAGAAAAUGCCGGCUGUAGUAGUAGUCGGAGAAGCGUGAAAGACGUCAUACCUGAAUCCAGAUUAGCACAGUUUUACGGGAAUUUCUAUUACGACGAAUCUAGAGAGAAAUGUUACACAAACGCUAUCGAGAGAAGUAGUUGUCGAGGGUACAACGGGCAAGGCUGCGAAAACUCUGAUCUCACAGAAUGUUGGAUGUUGCCUGAGGUGGAGUACUGGUUCCGCAAGUUGGUGGACGACACUACAGACCGCAGCGCAUAUCCUCGACGACGCAGACAGUAUAGAAUGCUCGCCGAUGACAAUUUCGAGCGCUGGGGCCCGACCGGGGCGCGGGCCGUGGGCGAUGAAGCGGUACUAGCGGCGAAGGUCCUCAGUACGAGGAGCCUGUGGUCCCCGCCGGUAGUGCAGCCGUCCAGAGCCCCCAGCCCGCCGAUAGCGUCUCGCAAGAUACGGGCGAGGCGCCGCCAACCAAGAAGAUUGACAGCGUUGGCACCCCCACCACCUGCGUACUGCUUAGAGGUGCCGGCGCAGUUGCUGUGCGAUCCUAAAUGCAAGUUCCAAUUCGACUCGCCAAGACCGCCUUCACUGAACAUCACUGAAUGCCAGCGGGUGAUGGGCCGGCUGUCAGCCAGCGUGCAAGCCGUCAUGAGGGCUACUGCUGCCCGGUGUCCCCCCUACAGAGGAACCAACGUCAGUAGAUACGCCCCUACUGGACAACGCCCCGCCCGAUGUCCCGACAGAAGAUACGGUGUCUGGUGGCCUAGAGAUCACCCCUCGCCCAGACUUGAUCAUAGAUUUCAACUCACACAUGUAGUUCCUACAGUACAACGAACAAAUAGCCAAAAGGUUGCCGCAAAAAUUGAUGCUGAGGAAGCGAAAACACUUGACAUUAAAAACGAUGACAAUAAUAAGAAGCCAGAAGAAACGCCAGCUGAGGAUAAACUAACUCAGGAAAAAGAAAAUACGCAGACUCAUCAAGAAGAAAAAAAGCCUACAGAAAAAAUAGCAACCGACGGACAAAUGCCAUCAACCAGUGCAGCAGCUGCUUUAGAAACGGGAUUGAGGAAAAAGAGGCUUUACAGCACAGUCCUAAGUAUGAGCGCACCUACACCAAUAAACUUGACUCCAGUAGGAUGCGUCAGAUUAUCACAAAAAUUGGUAACACCUGGACUUUUAAAACUCAAUCCUAAAAUUGUUCUACCGACAACUAGAAUAAGACCUCCAAAUGUAGAUAAGAAGUUUGAUGAACUAGAGAAAGAAGCUCUAGAACAGUAUAAAGCAUCAGACGAGAGUAUAGACACCAAAUUCAGUGAAUUGGAAAAGCAAGCUGUCGAGCAAUACAGCACUAGUAACAGCAACACCAGUUGUAGCAGCGGGAACUCUGCAGAAAAACGUACGGCUAGCUCUCCGUCUGUGCCCGAUGAUCAGAAAAACAAGACGCAGCCGGCAAAAUUUCAUAAAGAAAAAGUAGACAGUGUAGUUAUUUACUCUCAGAAUUUUCCCGACCUAAACGCCAGAGGACACACUAGUCUCAUGAAUUUAAAAAACUUCCACGCCCCCCAGAGGGGGGAAAAAAAGGAGCAAACGCAUAAACCUAAACGGAGUUUGAAGAGUGAGCAGAGGGCGGCGUCGGACACCGACUACGAUGCGAGGGAAGCCGCCAAAGGUCAUAAAGGUCCGAUGCGCUGGACGCUACACGUUGUGCCACCCAAAAAAAGGCAUUUGACCCAGUGCGUGUCCGACUGCUCGUCUGAUGAAGAGCUGGAAGAUACAACCGGCGCUAUAAAGGACGCUGGUCCGCGAAUCAAACGACACGUUACCGGAAAGGCGAAGAUGUCUGCCCACGGCGGCGGAGAUCUACACCCUAUUAUGAGAAAAACGUAGCAAUUGCUGAUGACACGGACUGUGAAGCAUCCAUCACUUUUAUACACUUUACAAGCAAUUUUAGCCACUGAAAGUUGUGGGUUGAAAUUGUGGAAUGCGUCAGUUGGUAAAAUAGUAAAUUGUGUGUGAAUUUUGUAUGCAUUUUAUGGGCGAUCGUCAACUUUGAGUGGUUUCAAUCAGUUUUUGAUAUACAUUUUGUGGUGUUGUGUGGCGUGGUGGCAGACGCGUACCGAACUAUGCCGCGGCCUUAGCAAUGUGCUCAUUUUACUAGUCAUAAAUGCUUUGUAUAUAUUUUUUUGUAUUUUUGGAUUUAUUGUGAGAAUAUUGAUUAUGAAAAAUGAUUUCAGUUAAAAAAAAAGCACA